AUGUCAUUAACUCAAGAGCAAAAAGACGCCUUUAAAGCAAUUUUUAUUGAAACAGUCACAAAUUUUGCUCAAAAAGUAGGUCAACCAACCGAAAAAGUAUUUCUUCAAAUCCUUCCACUUACUGUUGUUGCAGGAACUGAAUAUCUAAAGUCAUAUGAAGAAGACUUAAAAACAAAACUUGAAGACAGCAAAGCUAAAUCUCAAAAAAUAAUUGGUGCAUUGUCUACAGUUAAGGAGCCUGAAAAAAUAGAAAAGUCAGGAGAUAAACAUCUUCCUCUUGGAGAAUUACUUGGAAAAAGAGUUCAAAGAGGAGAAGACUGGAAAUGGGAUGAUCAAGAUGGUGGAAUUGGAUCAUUUGGAAAAGUAGUUGGAGUAAAAGGUAAUGGAUGGGUCAAAGUACAAUGGGAAUCAAGUAGAAAUGAGAACAGAUACAGAUGGGGAGUUGAUAAAGCUUACGAUGUUAAGGUUGUUGAAAUAGUAGAUGAUUUAGGAGAUAUCCCACCAUUAGAAGAACAAAUUAAAAAACCUACUAGUUGGGUUAUUGGUAAAAGUGUUAUUAGAGGAAGAGAUUGGAAAUGGAAAGACCAAGAUGGAGGAGAAGGACAAAUUGGAGAAGUUAUUGAUGUUUGUGAUGAAGGAUGGGUUGAAGUUAAAUGGAAGAAUGGCACAGUUUGUCAAUACAGAUGGGGAGGAGAGAAUGCAUAUGAUUUACAAGUAGUUCCUAAACCAAAAGAAUAAGAAGAAUACUUUUUACA